UGAUACACAAUAAUAAUGGCCAGCGAAGACUUAUUUGAGAAUGAAUUCUCGGAAGAAGCCGAUCUGGAGAUCCAGCAAGCCAUGGAGACGGAGGCAGAGGAACCAGGGGAAGACAAGGAAACCUCGGAAGUUAUAGAGGAAACGCCGGAGAAUCCCCCAGCGGAAUCUGCCACAGAACCAGUUGCAGAUAAGCCUCUAACGAAUGGCACCAAGCCUUCCGCAGAUCACGAAGCAAAGAUGACACAACUGCCCUUGGCCAGGAUACGAAACAUUAUGAAACUGGAUCCCGAUCUGCAUAUGGCCAACAAUGAGGCUGUGUUUACGGUGGCCAAGGCCGUGGAACUGUUCAUCGCCUCGUUGUCCCGGGAAUCCUACACCUAUACGGCACAGUCCAAGAAGAAAACCGUCCAAAAGAGGGACGUGGAAAUGGCCAUAUCGGCUGUGGACAGCCUGAUGUUCCUAGAUGGUGCCAUGAACUUUUGAACCCCAAGCCCCAAGAAAAAACACCCUACAAACAGAAUUCUUUCGAUUAUUCUUUUCUUUAUUUUCGGAUAUUUUUGCGGCAACACACAUUCGGUUCUAAUCGGCCUAAUGGUUUAAGGUUAAAAAUAAUAUUUAAGAUUUAAAACAAUUGUUGGUUCGCAAGAAAACAAACAAAAUAAAAAAAAAUCAUAAUUAUAAACGACAACGUUGAACGUUUCACAAUACUCAUUUUGCUCGUGGGAAUUUGUAACGAAGCCGGUAAGGUAAUUGGUUAAUUUAUUUUAACUGCUUCUGAUAGUGUUGUUUGUUAAUCAUUCUGUCCGCAGGCUAUACUUACUUUGUCGUUGGGCAUAUAUCUCUGGUUUAUCAUUUGCUUUUAUUGUUGGUUUUAUCUCCAUAAUCUUAUGAAACAAUAUUUCCAAAGCUUAGUCUAACAUUAGGCAUUGAUUAAUUACUUGUUUUGGGGAUUUUUGUUUGUGUUUUGUUCUCUUUUUGUAUUCGCUUUAACUAGCAUUAAUUGGGUUGAAGUUUUUGAUUUAUUUUUACAAUCAUUUCGAGGAUAAAACUUGUUGCAUUGAUGAUUUCAUUUUUUGUUUUAACACAACUCGAAUAUUGGGGACAACAAUUGCAAUAAAAAGUUACGUUUUUUAUUUGAUUUUCGUUUAGAUAGUAUAUUUAAUAGGUGUGCAUAGUUGGUUUGUUGACUUUAAACA